CAAGCCGACAUCAUCUUGGAAUUCUCCUCCAACACAUUUCGUUCACGACAGACAGCAAAAAUGCAGAUCUUCGUGAAGACCCUGACGGGCAAGACCAUCACCCUCGAGGUGGAGUCUUCCGACACCAUCGACAAUGUCAAGUCCAAGAUCCAGGACAAGGAGGGCAUCCCCCCGGACCAACAGCGCCUGAUCUUCGCUGGUAAGCAGCUCGAGGACGGCCGAACCCUCUCCGACUACAACAUCCAGAAGGAGUCCACCCUCCACCUGGUCCUCCGUCUCCGUGGUGGCAUUAUCGAGCCCUCGCUCAAGGCUCUCGCCUCCAAGUUCAACUGCGACAAGAUGAUCUGCCGCAAGUGCUACGCCCGCCUCCCUCCCCGUGCCACCAACUGCCGCAAGCGCAAGUGCGGCCACACCAACCAGCUUCGACCCAAGAAGAAGCUCAAGUAAACGAUUCGUCACAGCAUGUUCCAUCUCUUCGGCGUCUUUGGUUUGGGGUGUUAUCAUGAGCACGCUACGGACAGGGUGGAUAGAUAUUUACCGAUAACCACUGCGAUGGGAAUAUUUGUUUCCUUUUUUUUCUCCGCGAAAACUAAGAGAUAGCUGAGCCUAGGCUAGUUUUAGUGGCAAUGAAGUUGCGAUGCACAUGAGUAAAAGACGAGAACAUUAGUAUGAAAUCAGUGAAUGUGUUUAUGGCGAGUAAUUGAUGUGUUACUUCAAGUACUCCAAGUAUAUAUCUUAUAUUACUCUCAAGUUCGUAAUCUUUCAUAUUGCCCUUUGUAGCGCAGAGUUGUUACCUAUCCUAAGGCC